AUUCAUUUCGCCGGAUCGAGAUUACGGGUGUACGACGUUUUAUCAACAGCUAUUUUGAGUACCACGUAAAGACCUUACCUGUAGCUUCGAUAACAUUGCUAAGUUGUUGGGGGGUUUUUAAACUUCAGCCGUUGCUUUGUGCACGCGCUUACACAUAAACUUUUACAAAAGCAAUUUGAAGCUGAAUUCAGAGAUUUAAAACGUUCUCUUUUCGACUCUGAGCUCUAUUGGCUAGACCACAUAAAGUAUGGAGAAGGGAAAGGAGGAAAUGACCAACGAUAUGACUGAAGUUAAUGAAACAAUACAACUCUACAAUGACGAGUCUUCCGACGAAAACGUGAUAGUGAAGAGGGAGAUGCCGGCAUUGACGUAUCGUGUGGAGGACACGCCUCCUGUGAUGGUCACUCUAAUGGCAGCGAUCCAGCACAUCCUGAUCUGCUUCACCAGUGCCCUCUCUACAGCCUCUAUGGUCGCGGACGCUGCCUGUGUUCCCUACGAUGGCGCCCUCAGGUCUCGGAUUUUCUGCACCACACUCUUCAUGACGGGCUUGUGUACAGUGCUGCAGACGGCGCUUGGCGUCAGGUGAUCAGACAUACGUCGGUGUCGCAACCAAUCCACUUAUUUGUUUUAGUUGAGGUU